AUGGCCCCCGUGAGCGGCUGUUCGCCCACCGCCACCCACUCGCUGCAGGACAUGAGCGCCGCCGCCGCGGCCAUCGCCCUUGACAUGAAGCCCAAGGGGGAGCCCCACCCUCUGGCCUCCGCCAUUGCCCUGCCAUCGCAGAAGAUCAAGAAACUGGUGCGGCGAAACGCCUCCGACAAGCUGAAGCUUAUUCAAAUGGUCCACGAUAACCCAAUUCUCUGGGACUCACGCCUCCCAAACUUCAAGGGCGCCGAGGAGGAGAAGAAUCGCGCCUGGGAGCACAUAGGUCGAGAGUUCAACGCCCCUGGGCGUCGCGUUGCCCGGGCUUUUAAGUCCCUGCGGGAAUCAUACCGCCGUGAACUGGCUCACGUCAAGCUUAUGGGCAACGGGUUUAAGCCAAAAUGGAGCCUUUAUGAGGCUAUGGACUUUUUGCGCGACGUUAUCAGAGAGAGAAAAGGCGCAUCGCAUGCAACCGAUCUCAGCCUGACUGGGUAUGGCCAUAUUAACAACAACAAUAAUAAUAACAACAACAGCCUGGGAGCCGCUGGGAAAGCUGUGGCCCUGAAGCUCUCCACGUCCUAUCACGAUUCCGCCGCAGUGUUGAAUCUCUCUAAGUGCUCCUCGCUGAAUGUGAGCGGCGAUGACUACUACGGCGACUACUACGUAAAGCCGGAGCUGGAUCUUUCGGUGGGCGGCGGGGCCGGAAGUAGCAGCAGCCGCAGUAGCUCCGGCGGUAUACCACUUCCGCUGCCCGCCCACCAACUUCAAGCGCCCAACGACAGCCGGGUGAGUUCCACGCGCAACGAGCAUCAGCAACUGCAGCACAGCUACGAUGACAUCGAUGCCAGCUCGAUUCGCAGUGGAGAUGAAGACGCUGGUCACGCAUCCGAUGUAGUGGAGGAGUUAGAUGCGAUCGACGCCGAUUUCCCAUAUCCGCUAAUCCUGGACUCCAACUCACGCGCGAGCACCAAUGUGGGCGUGGACGAGGUUGCCUCGUCACGCAAGCGCCGCCGCCAUGUCGACCAAGACGUCCUGGAGAACGGCAAUGGCGACGGUGAUGCUGGUAUCGAUGGCGAUGACUACGAGGAGCAAAUGCUGCAGCAGCACCGCCACCUUCGGCAGCAACAGGGUGCAGCUGACACCGGAGGGAUGGAUCUACCGCCCCCGCAAACUGUGCGUGAGGUUCUCAACUCCAAGUUUUGCGGCUUCAUAUCGGCUAAGCUGAACAGCAUGGAGGACUCGGAAGCGGACAAUUUAAUGAAUCGCAUUCUUUUGUUGCUGGUUCAAGUGCAACAGUGCGAGGGCUCUACAAAAUAGGCGGCCUAAUUCGGGCUCCUAAGACACGGGGUGUAGUUAAAAUAGCCAAAAAAGCUCAUUAUGGAUUGAUGAAGCCGCUUAGAGCACAUACAACGGACUAAUUUCUUGCCAUUUGUUCUUACUUUCCUCGCCGUAAGAAUUAUGAACUUACUUGCCAAUGCCAAAUCUGUGCCAUACCAAAAAGAUCAAUCAAAGAUGAAUGAUUUUUGAAACAAAUUCUCUCAUUUUCUUCGCUCUCAUUUACAACAAAGAAUUAACUCAAAGAAACGACAAAAACAAAGAAAAUAGGUGAAGUAAGGACUUAGUUUAAUUAUACUUUAAAUGUUAAAUUCGUUUUAAGUCGGUCCACUGCAGAUCAUACUCAUGCCAACGUCUCAUCACAUGAAACUUUUCUUUUACAUAAAAUUAUUUUUUAGAUUAGAUCACCGAUCGUACAUAUACAUACUCUCGAUAAAUUGAAGACUUGGAAUUAAAAACAUCUUUAGAAAUAAUUUAAGCGCGAACAAGCUAUUAUACUACUGUUAUUUAUAUAACAAAGUGGAAAAUUAUAAUUUUCUGAAAACGAGAACACUUUUUAAAUUGUCUCUAUUUACAUACGUUAUUGAAUAAAAUACCAUACAUGGUAGACGAAGAA